AAUACUUGACUUUCAAAAUUUUCUCUCUCCCUCCCUCUCCACUUUCCUCUUUUUGCUUUAUUUUUAUACAAACAUGGAGUUGACUAUAUUAUCACCAGUACCUACAACAAAGGUCAAAAGCGAUCGUAUGGAAAUUGACGGUGAACAAGCUCAUUUGGUCAACCCAGGUGAGACAGUUACAACAGAUCAACAAUUCAUGAGAGGUCAUGGUACCUAUACUGACGGUGAAGGAACUGUCAUUUCUUCCGUUGCUGGUGCUGUGGAAAGAGUUAAUAAAUUAUUGUCUGUCAAACCUUUAAAGACUCGUUAUACCGGUGAAAUUGGUGAUAUUGUCGUUGGCCGUAUUACCGAGGUCGCAAUGAGACGUUGGAAAGUUGAUACUAAUGCUAGACAAGAUGCCAACCUUUUAUUAAGUUCAGUCAGUCUUCCUGGUGGCGUACAAAGACGUAAAAAUGAAGCCGAUGAACUUCAAAUGAGACAAUUUUUUGCAGAGGGCGAUGUGUUAGUGGCCGAAGUACAAGCCUUUUACGGUGAUGGAACUAUGGGUCUCCACACUCGUGGUUUCAAAUUCUGUAAAUUAAGAAACGGUUCUUUUGUUUGCGUUCCUCCUGUACUCGUUCAACGUUGUAAAUCACAAUUUCACUCGCUCCCUUGUGGUGUUGACGUGAUCCUUGGUCUCAAUGGCUAUAUUUGGGUUCAUAAGAAAUUCAGUCAAGUGAUUGGUGACGAUACCGAUGCUACCGUCUAUUAUUCCAGUGAAAACGAUGACAUCACCUUGGAAGAGAGACAAGAUAUUGCCAGAGUUUCGAAUUGUAUCUCAGCAUUAGCUAAGCAAUAUAUGCAUAUCAACGAUACGGUUAUUGUAUACACAUACGAGGCUUCUUUAGAUUAUACUGUAAAGGAAUUACUCAAGUUGGAUGUCAUCGAAUCUAUCACCAGCGAAGCUAGUGCAAGAAUGCGUUCUACUUAAUGAUAAAAAUGCAUGAAAAAACAACAACUUCCUUUUGUAAAUACUCUCAAUAAAAUAAAAAAAUAAUAUUGCUAACGAAUACAU